CUUAGCAAAUACUCUAGACAUAGAAUUUAUCGAGAAAUUGGCUAAAUAUUACAAUGAGAAUUUAUAUAUAAUGUAUGACAAAUGCGAAGACUAUUUAACGGAAGGAACGCUAAAUGAGGAAUUUAUUUUAGAUAAGCUUUAAUAGCUACUAAGCUGUUUAAGGGAAAGCAAUAUAACUGUAAGAUGGCUAAUGUUACAUAGAAAUACUACUCAUAAAAAAUUAAAUGUAAUAUGCAGUCAGACAAAAAAAAAGACAUAUUAGCUUUACUUUUAAUUUCAUCUAAAUUUGAAGAUAAAUUUAAAAUUUGUUUAUAAAAAUUAAUUUAAUAAAAAUAAGAAAAAUGGGAUAUAGAUAGAUUAAAAUGUACCAAAAGAAUGGAAGAAUUAGCAAAAUUUUUCGCAGGUGGAUAUUAAUUAGGUGAAAAUCAAGGCGAUGAAGGAUAUAAGGAAUGGUUUGAGGAAAUGAAAAAUUAAAUCGAGAAAUUAUAAUAUGGAGAUACUACUUAUAUAGGAAGAAAAGUUAAGUAAUUAAUUGAAGCUUUAGAAGAUAUUGAAUAAUAUGAUUAAGUUUCUAGAAGUAUUUAGAUUAAAUAAUAUUUAUAUGAUACAAGAAAAGAUCUAAAGCAUAUGAUGAGAAUAGUUAAUCUUAAGGAGGAAUAUUUAACUAAUAUAUCUUUAAUAUCUGAUGUUACUUACUGUUGGUAGAGUCUCUAAGAUGGAUAUAUAUAAAUUAUUCUUUUUACAGAAAGUAUAUUAAGUAUGGAAAAAUAUUUAAUUGGUGUUAUUGAAGUAAAUCCAAAGUAAAUUUUAGAUGAUGGAAUAAGAAAGGAAUUAUUAAAAUUAAUUGCAAAAUAAUUAGAUUAAAGAUUAAUGUUUAAUAAUGGAGACAUUAACAAAUUUUUGAAUACUUUAUUUUAAUUAUAGUAUUAUUUAUAAGGUUUUAAAAAAUCUCUAGAAUAUAUAUAAGAUUUUAUUGGAAAUUAUGGCUUAAGAAUAUUUCAUGAAGAAUUUGAGAGAUUGAUUAUAUCUUAUAUUGAUAUGGAAUAAAUAGCAUUUAUUACUAAAAAACUUGAUUACGAAGAACUUCUUUAUGAUGAUAAUAUACCUAUGCCUGAUAGAUAAAAUAUGGAAAAUAAUAAUUCUGUAAAUUUUAUGGGAAGAAUACUUAAUGAAAUUAUGAAGUUAACAGAUUUCAAAAAUACAGUAUAUGUCCAUUAAAAUAUUGCAUUUUAUUCAUUUCCUAAAGGAUAAGAAAUGCUUAAUCUUAAAAUAAUGAAUAUGUUAUAUAAAUGUAUUGGUAUUAGUGGUUUAAAUGGACUAGAUUAAUUAUUAUCUUUUAUGAUAGCUUCAUCUAUUACAACUUUAAUUAGAAAAAUAAAAAAAUAAAUAGGAAAUGAAUUAAA